UAAUAUAUUUUAGAUGAUCUUCAGAGGCAUGUAGACUUAUCAGAAAAAAAAGAAAGUAUAUUACAGAAAAAAUAUGACAAUCUCUCAUCCAAAAUAUCAGAUUUAGAAAUGCAAAUUAAUGUAUUAAAACAAGAGAAAGCCCAACUCUCAACUCAAUUGGAAUUAAGUCAAAUGAAAGUACUUAUGCUAGAGGAAAGCAAAAAUAAAGAGAAUGUGUCUGUUGCAGCUAUGAAACAAACAUUUGCUGAAGAUUUAAAUAGGCUAAAAGAUGAAAAAGAUUCAUUAAUUCAUCAAAUAGAAACAUUACAAUUAGAUCUUGAAAAUGAAAGGCUAAAAGUUCAAAAAUAUCAAGAACAAUUAAAUGAAAAGGAUUCUCAUGAACCACCCUUGGGAAUGUCGUCAUCAAUGUACAGUAAUGCAUCUCUCUAUGAAACGCUUCGUUUAGGAAGUGCAUCAUCUCUUCUAGAAAACUUACAGUCUCAAUUAAAGCAAAGAGAAGGCGAAAUAUCAUUAUUUCAAUCAGAAAUUGCUCAGUUAGAAAGGAUACGAGGAUCUAUGGCAAAAGAAUUAGCUGAUGUAUCCUGUCAGUAUGAAAUGGUAAAAUCGGAGCUAGAAGAAAUGAAAAAUAUGAAAACUGCAUAUGCAGAUAUGGAACAGAAAUAUAAUACACUAUUACAAAUGUAUGGUGAGAAAGUUGAAGAAACAGAGGAAUUACAGUUAGAUUUGCAAGACGUAAAAGCCAUGUAUAGGGCACAGCUUGAUGAACUACUCAAAAAAUCCUGAAGAUUGUUUCAACAGGAAUUAGGAAUUGAAUUUAUUUUUUUUUAUUUAAAAAUAAAUUGGUGAUGGUAUAAAUGUUAUUCCAAUAAUCAACUUAUAUAAGAAAAUGAAUAUCAUUUCUAAUAACUAAAUGAUUAUAACAAAUGCGUAAUUCCAUAUAGCUGUUUCUUUUGAAAUUUGAUAGCUUUCAUAUCUUUCUUUGCAAAUUCCCAAUUAAUGCCAUAAAAUCUGUUGUGCCUUAUACUUUUAAAAAUAUUCUAAAUAUUUACUUCAAAUAAUUUCAAACAUCCAAAAUUCAUAUUAUAAUUAAUUUAAUACUGAUAUUAAUAUAUAAAUAAAAACUGAUUUGU